GCGCGCUCCUAGGACGGACCCAGGGCGCCGGUCUGCGGCCGGCUGCGGUUGGACCCCCGCUCCUGCCCGGCAUGAACCGCUACAUUCUGCCGCUGUCCGUGCUGGGCACGGCGGUGGGUGGCGCCGUGCUGCUCAAGCUCCUCCACACCAGGCCGUGCUGAGACCUUUACCUGUAACGUGGCAACAGUCCUUUGGAGUUAUGUGAUGACAUUUCCAUCUUUCUGUUGGGGGAACACAAGCUCAGAACUGUCAUCUCCCUGAGAUCACAGCAGUCAGGGUACCUGUGGUGGGAGAGCACAGAGAGACGGAACUGACCUGCCGUCUCUUACCUCCAGGGACUUUGUUGCCGGCGGGGCUUGUCCCAGCAAGACCACCAUUCCCGGGAAGACAGUCAUUGUGACGGGCGCCAACACGGGCAUCGGGAAGCAGACCGCCUUGGAACUGGCCAAAAGAGGAGGCAACAUCAUUCUGGCCUGUCGAGACAUGGAGAAGUGUGAGGUGGCGGCCAAGGAAAUUCGAGGGGAGACCCUUAAUCACCACGUCAAUGCCCGGCAGCUGGACUUGGCCUCCCUUAAGUCCAUUCGAGAGUUUGCGGCGAAGAUCAUUGACGAGGAGGAGCACGUGCACAUCCUGAUCAACAACGCAGCUGUGAUGCGGUGCCCUCACUGGACCACUGAGGAUGGCUUUGAGAUGCAGCUUGGCGUUAACUACCUGGGUCACUUUCUUUUGACAAACUUGCUGCUGGACAAGCUGAAAGCCUCCGCUCCUUCACGGAUCAUUAACCUCUCGUCCUUGGCCCAUGUUGCUGGGCACAUAGACUUCGAGGACUUGAACUGGGAGAAGAAGAAGUAUAACACUAAGGCAGCCUACUGCCAGAGCAAGCUGGCCACUGUGCUCUUCACCAAGGAGCUGAGCCGGCGGCUGCAAGGCACGGGCGUGACUGUCAAUGCCUUGCACCCUGGCGUGGCCAGGACAGAGCUGGGCAGACACACGGGCAUGCACAGCUCCACCUUCUCCAGCUUCACACUCGGGCCCAUCUUCUGGUUGCUGGUCAAGAGCCCCCAGCUGGCGGCCCAGCCCAGCACCUACCUGGCCGUAGCGGAGGAAUUGGAGGGCAUUUCUGGAAAGUACUUUGAUGGACUCAAAGAGAAGGCUCCAGCCCCGGAAGCUGAGGAUGAGGAGGUAGCCUGGAAACUCUGGGCUGAAAGUGCUCGCCUGGUGGGCUUGGAGAUGCCCCUUGGGUCCUCUGAGAGGGGACAGCCCCUCCACAAAUAACCUCUGGGGGCAGGUGUGAAAGCCAUCAGGGAGACAGAGUCACUGGGAUCAAGCAGCAACCAACCAAAGCUGGCUGCCAUGCUCGCAGCACCCUCUAGGUGGCAGUAUUGGCCAAGGAGUGGUGGCUGCCAUGCCAGCAGCACCCUCUAGGUGGCAGUACUGGCUCUUUUCUGGCCACAGUGGAUUGGACAACAGGUGAGCACCUGACCCAGGGGCUGGCAGGUACAGUGCAUCCUGCUGCCAGCAGGUGAGCUGGGCCAUCAGAUGCCUCCUUUGGGAAUCCAAGCCAGGAACUUUGGGGGGGGCGGCACCAGCUCCCUCUGGUGUGGGCCAUGUCAGGGACUGGAUGGCCAGUGGGCAAGCUGUCUCAUGCUUGAGUUCAUGGUCCACUGUGGUACCUUGCACGCCUCCAGUCUCUUCUCUGAGCCCUGGUUUCUGCAGCUGUAAACUCUGCAGAAUGACCUGACUACCUCAUCAGGUGGCGGCUGUGCAUUCCUUGCCGGUGGACCUUCCGUGUGCCAGACCCUGGUGAGGUGCUGGGGAUGCCCCCCCAGGAAUAGACUGGACUCAGAUCUGGCCUUUUACCUCCGAGUCGUGCCAGGGACAGCACAGGGGAGGAACCACUGAGGAACCAGGAUGCCUGGGAUCACGACCUUCCCUCCAGCUCCUGCAGGGAUUUCAGCCAUAGACGCUCAAACUUGAUCUUUAAUACUAAGAAUAAAAAAGUUAA